UCGGGCUUACAAUGAGAUAGUUGUACAAGACAUGGAUAGUUUCUAUAUAAGGAACUACUGCUUCAACCAGUUAUGUGUGAAGACUCAUCUAUACGACAAGCCUAACAUUUUUCCAAUCAUUCAAUAUUUACCCAACUCAUUAGAUCAUCCAAAAGCAAUCAAACAAAGCCAUCGAAAGUCAAAGCUUUUGGGUCUGCUCCGGCUGUAUGUGCUGUUGCAUUUUUUGACAAUGCUGUUCUCACAGCGGCUAAUCUCAAAACCGAUUUUCAUUUUUUUACAGAACUUUUCCCAAAAUGAAUAUCUAUUUUACGCCUUCAACGCUAGCGCCUUUCCACCCUUCUGCUCUGGAAUCACAAUGAUUUUGCUCCAUUAUUUUUUUCUCAUCCGUUGGCUCAUUCUCUUGAAGCCAAUGAUAUAAGCAAUUAAUACAGUAAUCUGUAAAUCACAUGAUCCACAUUAAUUUAUCAGAAUCUGUUAGUUCUUUUUUGUGUCUCUUUUUUAAAUCCUUCAACUAUGCCUCGAUGCCGACUUCCAUGGUCAUAUGCGAAACAAUCAGCAGCAAGGAAAUAUACGUACAGUCUCACAGACCUAACGUCCCCUUCAAAAGAGUAUCAUAUACAACAAGGCUUGAUUGUGCUUCUGACCAAUAAAACGAG